UUGUGCGUGCUUUAACGGGGUCCGAAGGAGACGGAGCAUCAGCUACCUGCAGCAGCUGGACCGACACAUCUGGAGCGGAGCGGGACCGACGGGGGCUCGGACGGACGCGUGGACCGUGAGACGGACGGACAGGUGGGCCGGUGGACAGGUGCGCCCGUCUCCCUCCAGCAGCAUCCUCCUCUGACCGUCGGCGCGGCUCCGGGGCCGUGCCGGGCUCGAGGGGUUCAGCAUGGCGGAGGAGACCCGGGUCAUCUACCACCUGGAGGAUCAGGAGACCCCCUACCUGAUCCGGAUCAACGUGCCCGCGGAGCGCGUCACCCUGGCGGACUUCAAACAGGUGCUGAACAAACCCAGCGUGAAAUUCUUCUUCAAGUCCGUGGACGACGACUUCGGGGUGGUCAAAGAGGAGAUCAGUGAUGAUGAUGCCAGACUGCCCUGUGUGAAUGGACGGGUCGUCUGUUGGUUGGUAUCAUCGGACACCUACCAGCCCGAUUUAAGAGGUUCAGAUGUCCAGUCUGUUGCCACGCCCACCAGCCUUGCCCCGCCCCCCAUAGAGAGGACGGGUGGGAUCGGAGAUUCCAGACCUCCGUCCUUCCAUGCUGCUGCUCUCAGCCACGAUGAGCUGCAAGGGUCAGAGGUCAAACCUGCAGUUUCACCUGCAGAGAUGCUGCAGAGGACAGAUGUGGGUGACCAAGGUGGUCAUCUGAAUGGACAUGCCCACGGGCCAGCUGAUCAGAAGAGGGCGGGGCCAACGAGUGGAGGUGACAGCUCAUCAACCCAGCAGAGCAGCGAACUGGAGACGACCAGUUUCUGCUCGUCUGAGGAAGACUCAGGAGGAAGGUUCAGCCAAUCAACAGAGCAGAGUAGCUCCUCGCCACGACUCAUCAGGCGCCAACGCCGCCGCCACCGGAAACCCAAAACAACGCGGAUGGAGAGGUCUGUGUCUUUCAGCAGUGUCACUGACUCCACCAUGUCGCUCAACAUCAUCACUGUAACUCUCAACAUGGAGAGGUAUAACUUCCUGGGCAUCAGCAUUGUUGGGCAGAGCAACGACAGAGGGGACGGAGGGAUUUACAUCGGUUCCAUCAUGAAGGGGGGAGCGGUGGCGGCAGACGGACGCAUCGAGCCAGGAGACAUGCUGCUGCAGGUGAACGACAUCAACUUUGAGAACAUGAGUAACGACGACGCCGUCCGAGUCCUCAGAGAGAUCGUCCACAAACCAGGUCCGGUGACGCUAACGGUGGCAAAGUGUUGGGAUCCGAAUCCGCGAAGCUGCUUCACGCUGCCGAGAAGCGAGCCAGUCCGUCCCAUUGAUCCUGCUGCCUGGGUGUCCCACACCGCUGCCAUGACAGGCAGGCUCCUCCCACACUACGGUAUGACACCCACCAGCCUCUGCAGCUUUCAUCCACCAUCAUGUGUCCAUCAGACAUUAAUCUGCUGCUGUCCUCCAGGCGUGCACGAAGAAAACCAUCUCACCAUCCACAGCGACAUGACGACGGUUGUCAAGGCGAUGGCCAAUCCGGAGUCUGGCCUGGAGGUUCGAGACAGGAUGUGGCUGAAGAUCACCAUUCCCAACGCCUUCAUCGGUUCAGACGUGGUGGACUGGCUCCACCGUAACGUGGAGGGCUUCAUCGACCGCCGUGAGGCUCGCAAGUAUGCCGGCAACCUGCUGAAGGCCGGAUUCAUCCGACACACCGUCAACAAGGUGACCUUCUCCGAGCAGUGCUACUACGUGUUUGGAGACCUCUGUGGAGAUAUGGCUGUGAUGUCUCUGAUGGAUCAUGAAGGAGCCUCCAGUCGAGGGGGAGGAUCUGACUGUGACCAGCUGACCUUCCCCUACCGGUACCCCAUCCCUCACCCCUACAGCUCACCUCACCCCCUCCACCAGUUGCCGACCUUUGGAGGAGGAGGAGAAAGCCCACACAGUGACGGAAGUUGUAGCAGUGGCUCGAACUGCAGUGACAAUCAGAGGGAGAGCAGAGGAGGAGGAGGGAGUGCAUUAAGAGCCUCCAAACAGGAAGUGAGUGCUUCUCCUGACAAACAGCUGGAGGCGGAGCCUCUUAGUGACAGCAGUGUCCAGAGACCUCUGACCUCCUUUGAAGACCUCCUGCCACCAUCUAGAGGUGAGCGCCGUGACCUUUCAUCAGUCCAGCCGGGAAUCUCCGCCUCCCGGCAGUCCUUCCGCAUGGCCAUGGGAAACCCCAGCGACUUCUUUGUGGAUGUCAUGUGACCACAUGAGGUCUGGACCUGGAAACAUUUUUCCUAGUUAAAAACUGCCCACUUUGUAGUUUGAAUGAGGAAAGUUUGAUCUUCAUUGUAUUGAAAUUUUAUUUAUGAACCUCCACUGUGAAGCAGCACACCUGUAUGACCUCACCUGGCCUCACCUGGCUCCCAGCAGACACCCAUCCAGCUCAGAAUCCAGCUUUGAAUCCAUUUUUACGUCAUUUGUUUGGGACGUUUGAAGAUUACAGAGCUCCAGCUCCAGGACCCACAGGUCGAAGGCUAAAACCACACUCAGUAAAAAUGAGGUGUAAAAAUGUUUUAUAUUUCCUGUAAAUGUGUUUGAGACUGACCUGUUUACAUCAGGGGCCGGCGGCUAUCAGACUGCCACUUUUUUUCUGCGAUGUUCUUAGGGAUCUGUCCAUGGAGAAGGUUUCAUUUGGCUCUGAUAGAGAAAAUCACACACAAGCGUCUCCAUGUUAGACGGAAGGAAGUCGAGCUUUCGUCUCUGAGGCCUGAUGGAGGUUAGAAAUGUGUGCUGGGUCUGUCUGUGUCCUGGACAGGAGGUCACACUGAAUGGAGAAGACAGCCAGUUCACAAACUGGACUACGCCUAGACCAGCAUGAGAACCGUCCCAGAACCAGAGCCAGGUUCUGAUCGGUGGAGAGCCAAAACAUGGAGGAUCAGAAGAAACCAACCAAACCAGCUCCUGUGGUCCUGGUGGGUCCAGUUUUACCUUUCUUCUACCAGUACGGUGCUGGUGCGGUCCUUCUGUGAUCCAGCCCACAUUUCCACAGGUCUGAGAAACGAGUGUCAUGUUUUGAGGUAGUUUCUGUGGUUAGAAAAUCAAGGUGGGCAGAGUCUGUGAACUACACCUGCCAAUCAUCAGUGAGCUUGUUGAAGACAGUGGUUCCAGAUGUGGGUCCAGCAGAUGUGGGGAGCUGCUGCCAGGUUUUGGCACCUGUGUCGGUGCUUGGACACUGUGCCUGUGCGGGUGGACAGAGAGGAGUUGGUCAGGUGUGAGUGGAGCUCCUCCUCUCAGUCUGCAUAUUUAAUUCAGCUCAGAUCAGUUUAGAUGUGACAGAAUAACCUGCCCAGCCCAUAAACUCUUCGUUACUCUGUCGCCAACCUCAAACCUGCAAAGCAGAACAACAAUAAAAGCCAUCAAAGGAACAGUUGGUGUUGAGUUGUUUUUGUACAGUUUUAAAAUGAGCGGUGACUCUGAGAGGACGCCUCGCCUACAGAUGUGAGCAGGAUGCAGGUUAGCCCGGCUUUAGGUCUU